UCCCGGCGUGCGGGGGCCGCCGCCGCCGCCUCCAAACUUUGUACGGGGCGAGCGGCGCUGCGGGCCCGCCGCCCGGGAGGGGAGAGCGGCGGGACCCGAGCCGGGCGGCGGAGCGAGGGGCUCCGCUCCCUGCCCUGCCCUGCCCUGGCACAGCGGCUCCUGGGGCAGCAGCCGGCCGUGCCUCGCUCUCCCGGUGGGGCGAGAGGAAGGGAAGGUAAUGAACGGGGAAGUAGAGUGAGUAACUCAGGGUUGCCGUUCCCCUGGGUGGUGAACAGUGGUGUUAUAUUGGGGCAGCUCUGUGGCUUAGACCAGGCUGCUGAAAGGAUGGGGCCCCUGGAAGCAGUAGGUGAGGACAACCAGACAGAUGAAAUGAAAAUGGAGCUGUUCACUAAGCUGUACUUGACAAGAUACACCACACCACUCAACGAAUUGGCUCUGGACCCUAAACCAGAACUGAAGGACAGCACAACACUUGUUGAAGUGCAGAUAAUUCUUAUCUUUGCUUAUUGCUCCAUCAUCCUGCUGGGAGUGAUCGGAAACUCCCUCGUGAUCCACGUGAUCAUCAAGUUCAAAAGCAUGCGCACAGUGACUAACUUCUUCAUUGCCAACCUGGCAGUGGCUGACCUGCUGGUGAACACGCUGUGCCUGCCCUUCACUUUGGUUUAUACGCUCUUGGGUGAGUGGAAGCUGGGCCCAGUCUUGUGCCACCUGGUGCCUUACGCCCAGGCCCUUGCUGUCCACGUGUCUACUGUCACUCUGACUGUGAUCGCUCUGGAUCGUCACCGCUGCAUCGUCUACCACCUGGAAAGCAGAAUCUCUAAGCGGAUCAGCUUCCUGAUUAUAGGAGUUGCCUGGGCAGUCAGUGCCCUGUUGGCAAGUCCUCUGGCCAUCUUCCGUGAGUACUCGUUGAUUGAGAUCAUUCCUGACUUCAAGAUUGUGGUCUGCUCUGAGAAGUGGCCAGGGGAGGGGCAGCUCAACUAUGGCACUAUCUACAGCAUCUCCAUGCUCCUGAUCCAGUAUGUUCUGCCUCUGGCAGUCAUCUCCUAUGCCUACAUCCGUAUUUGGACCAAGCUCAAGAACCACGUUAGCCCCGGGGCGGGGAAUGACCACUAUCACCAUCGGCGCCGGAAAACCACCAAGAUGCUGGUGUGCGUGGUUGUGGUGUUUGCUGUCAGCUGGCUGCCCUUUCACACCUUCCAGCUGGUCAGUGACAUUGACAGUCAGGUGUUAGACCUGAAAGAGUACAAACUGAUCUACACGGUGUUCCAUGUCAUUGCCAUGUGCUCCACGUUUGCCAACCCCCUCCUCUAUGGCUGGAUGAAUAACAACUACAGGACGGCCUUCCUCACGGCCUUCCAGUGUGAGCAGCGGCUGGACUCCAUCCACCCCGAAGUAUCAGCAGCUUUCAAAGCCAGGAAGAAACUAGAAGCCAAGAGGAUUCAGUUCCCUGGGGACUCUUUCACACAGCCUACCAAUGUCUAAGAUGUCUGACUGUAAAGAAGAAAUGUUGUGGGAAAAGGGAUGAACCCAUUUUGGUACAUGCAUUUUCAAUGCGUAGUUUUAUUCAUAAAUGGUGAAAGAACAGUAGCAGGGAAGUCAAGGCAGGUGUUAUGAUUUGAGGGGAGUUGAUUGAUAUCAAGAGUAUGUAAAUAUACAACUGCAAGGAAGUAAAAGGGAGAGGCUUAGUUUAUGGCUGUCUCUAACAGGGUAAAUAAAAACUCUUCCAUCCCUCCCAUCUUCUUGUCAAGUCUAAAUGACAAGUGCAGGGUUUGCUGGUUUUGCUGGAGGAAGGCAAAUGACUGAUUUGUAGGAUAGGAAUAUUGGUUGUGGGAGUGGGUAGUUUUUAUAUUUGAUGUGAAAAUCAAGAAAUGCAGAAGUCUGCCAGGAGAAAGAAACAUGUCUGGUGGGGGAAUCAGCUGUGUUGGUUAAAUUUCAAACUUUUCAGGCCCCUUCUCUCCUACAGGCAUCUUUUGCAAAGACAAGGGAAUCAAGAAGACAAAUACGUUACUUAUUUUUUGACUUGUGCUAGACUAUUUCAAGCCAGAGCAUUUGAAAUAGAUUAGGUGAUGAAAACAGAAGAGAAAAGAAAAACAAAACCCACCCAAAUACUGGAUUCAGUGAGAGGAAAGGUCAAGUUUCUACAUAAAAUGGAAUGUGGGUUUUGGCCAAUCAAAUGGGAUAAAAGGCAUCCCUUAAGAAUUGGCGUUUAUGCUGGUGAGCAAAUCACGAGCCUGUGACUUGAACAGUCAUUCCCUGCAGAUUCCUGCCUUUCAUUCUGCUCUGGGAACAGCUCACAAAUGCAGUGCUUCAAAGUGGCAUUUGAGGGCAGGGAAUGCAGGCUCAGGUCUUCUGUGAGCACUUCAUAAACUGCUAAUAUUUUCAUUUUCAGGACCUGCUUAAAUGUCUAAUGUGUUAUUAGCUCCACAGGCUUUGAAUUGUUGUUGCUUCUGCCUGGAUAAUAAAACAGCAGAUAAUUCUGAUCCUCUGGAAAGGCUGCUAGAUGGUAAAGUGCUUUUCCUUUUUGUGGUUUUAUGUCACAUACUCAUCUCGUCUUGGAGCUUUUUCCAUCUUUAGCCUUUGUGAAAAUUAAGAACAUCUGAAUGACUGUAACCUAAUAACAGUAUGCUAUGUUUAUGUGAUAACUUAUCAGUUAUUCUGCAUGCUGUAGUUAAUAGUUAAAUUCCUUUUUUGCUCAGGUAUAAAAUUUUAAUCUGUUUACCGUGUUGUACACAGCAAUGUUCAACUUUCUAUGUCUUUGUUAAGCCUCUUUGAACUCAUUAAAGAGAUGAAGAAAAUUUCAA